GGGCGCGCCAAACAAGAGCCCUACUGCGCAUGUGUGACCAGAGUAGGCAUCCCUGACCGUGAAGGGAAACCUGGCUUCCUCCUGUCAGGGAGGCGUCUCAUUGGCCUCCUUUACGCCUGCGCCCAGUUGGGCUGUCAGUAUUGGCAUUUCUCCCCACUCCUCAGGCUCUUUGCGCUAUUCGUACGGUACGGUGGGAGGCUUUGGACAAGUUACUUAGCCUGGGGUUUAGUGUCUUCAACCUAUCAAGAUGGCCUUAGACACAUUGAUUCCUACGAUCUCCUCCAUUUCAAACUGUAGUUCAGCAAAACUUUACGUCAGUAUUUCAGGCAAUUAAAAAACAGUGGAAUGGAACGACAGUGCUGUAGUCAUCCCAUGUUAUGCUCCUUGCCAACAAUGUAUACAUUCCUGCUAGGUGCUGUAUUCAUUGCUUUAAGCUCAAGUCGCAUCUUACUGGUGAAAUAUUCUGCCAGUGAAGAAAACAAGUAUGAUUAUCUUCCAACUACUGUGAAUGUGUGCUCGGAACUGGUGAAGCUGGUUUUCUGUGUGCUUGUGUCCUUCUGUAUUAUAAAGAAAGAUCAUCAAAGUAGAAAUUUCAAAUAUGCUUCCUGGAAGGAAUUCUCUAAUUUCAUGAAGUGGUCCAUUCCUGCCUUUCUUUAUUUCCUGGAUAACUUGAUUGUCUUCUAUGUCCUGUCCUAUCUUCAGCCAGCCAUGGCUGUUAUCUUCUCAAAUUUUAGCAUUAUAACAACAGCUCUUCUAUUCAGGAUAGUGCUGAAGAGGCAUCUAAACUGGAUCCAGUGGGCUUCCCUCCUGAUUCUAUUUUUGUCUAUCGUGUCCUUGACUGCCGGGACUAAAACUUUACAGCACAACUUGGCAGGACAUGGAUUUCAUCACGAUGCCUUCUUCAGCCCAUCCAAUUCCUGCCUUCUUUUCAGGAGUGAGUGUCCCAGGAAAGACAAUUGUACAACAAAGGAGUGGACUUUUACUGAAGCUAAAUGGAACACCACAGCCAGGGUUUUCAGUCACCUCCGUCUUGGCUUGGGCCAUGUUCUUAUUGUAGUCCAGUGUUUUAUUUCUUCAAUGGCUAAUAUCUAUAAUGAAAAGAUAUUGAAGGAAGGGAACCAGCUCACUGAAAGCAUCUUCAUACAGAACAGCAAACUCUAUUUCUUUGGCAUUCUAUUUAAUGGGCUGACUCUGGGCCUUCAAAGGAGUAACCGUGAUCAGAUUAAGAACUGCGGAUUUUUUUAUGGCCACAAUGCAUUUUCAGUAGCCCUUAUUUUUGUAACUGCAUUCCAGGGCCUUUCAGUGGCUUUCAUUCUGAAGUUCCUGGAUAACAUGUUUCAUGUCUUGAUGGCCCAGGUUACCACUGUCAUCAUCACAACAGUGUCUGUCCUGGUCUUUGACUUCAGGCCCUCCUUGGAAUUUUUCUUGGAAGCGCCAUCAGUCCUUCUCUCUAUAUUUAUUUAUAAUGCCAGCAAACUUCAAGGUCCAGAAUACACACCUAGGCAAGAAAGGAUCCGAGAUCUAAGUGGCAAUCUUUGGGAGCGUUCCAGUGGGGAUGGAGAAGAACUAGAAAGACUUACCAAACCCAAGAGUGAUGAGUCAGAUGAAGAUGCUUUCUAAUUGGUACCCACAUAGUUGGCAGCUCUCUCAAAUCUUAUUUUCACAUUUUCAGUGUUUGUAAUACUUAUCUUUUUACCUUGAUAAGCCAGAAAUGUUUCUAAAUCAUAAUAUUCUUUGCAUAUAUCUAGCCACUCCCUAAAUGGUUCCAUCGAAGGCUUAGAGUAAAAGGCUAAGAAAUUUUAAGGAACUGAUAUAGGGGUAACAAUAUGAAGAACACUUGAUAAAUCAACAAGCUAUAUUUGCAGAUUAUUUUCCUUGGCCUCCAAGCUUCCAAAAAACUUGUAAUAAUCACAUUAGCUAUACCCUAUAAAUAUACAAAUAGAGAUCAAUUUGCUAGAUACUCACAAUUAUGUAGUUCUAGUCUACAUGCCAAAGUCUUCCUUUUUUUAACAUAAUAAAUAUCUAGGUUGUCCUUUGAAUUUUGAGGCCCUAGAGAUAGUCAUUUUGCAAGUAAAGAGCAAUGGAACUCUUUCUAAAAAUGUUGGUUGAAGGACCUAAAUACCUGGUCAUACCAUAGAUUUGGGAUAAUGUAGUCUGUGCUAAAUAUUUUGCUGAAGAAGCAGUUUCUCAGACACAAAAUCUGAGAAUUUUAAUUUUUAGAAAUUCAUGGGAAAUUUGAUUUUUGUAAUAAUUUUUUGAUGUUUUAAAUGUGGGUUCCCUAGUCACCAUAGUUACCACUUGUUUUUUAAAUCACUUAAGCCGUGAUGGGGCCUUUUCCUCCACAGUUUGAGUAUGACAAAAUCUUGACGUCAUUGCUCCUGAAUGAUUACAUUUUGGAGAAUAAGAGGGCAUUUUAUUAGUUAUUAAUUCAAGCUGUGAGUAUUGUAUAUCUUUCCAAGAGUUGAGACACUGGCUUCAGAAUUACACGAGAUUGUCAGUAAAGCAGAUGCCUAGUAGCUUUAAAAGGGAUCCUUUCAAAAGGAUCACUUUCCAAACAUGUUGACUUUUGCUGACAUAUGAAUAUUACUACUAUAAAAAUAGACCAGUAAUAAAUAAGUCAUUUUACAGUACUACUUCACACUUAUAAGUACAUGGUAUUUUUCAUGGUGUUUUGCAUGCAGCCAGUUAACUCUCGUAGAUAGAGAAGUCAGGUGAUAGAUGAUUUUAAAAAUGAGAAAACGUAAGUGACUUUCCCAGGGUCUUGCAGCUGGGUGAUGAUAAAAGAAUGGGCAUUAACUGGCAGGCCUGUAUAUUUACAGACUACCAUACUGUACAUAUGAGCUUUGUGGUAUCAUUUUCAGACAACUUAUACAUUUCUUCUCUCCUUUCUCCUAAUUUUCAUGCAGAUGAAUAUAAGGUUAUACUGUCUUGUAAUUCAUUUGUGAUAUCCACAAUAAUAUGACUGGCAAGAAUUGGUGGAAAUUUGUAAUUAAAAUAAUUAUUAAACCUA